AUGUCUAAAGAUGAUGUUUUCAUUGGAGCAAUUGAUCAAGGAACAAGCAGUAGCAGGUUCAUAAUCUAUGACAAAUCAGCUAAACCAAUUGGAAUUCACCAUGUUGAGUUCACUCAGUUUUAUCCACAAGCAGGGUGGGUGGAGCAUGAUCCAAUGGAGAUAUUGGAGAGUGUGAGGGUUUGUAUUACAAAGGCACUUGAUAAGGCAACAGCUGAUGGAUUCAAUGUGGAUAAAGGUUUGAAAGCUAUUGGUAUUACCAAUCAAAGAGAGACUACUCUUGUUUGGAGCAAAUCCACUGGUGCUCCUCUUCACAAUGCUCUUGUUUGGAUGGAUGCUCGUACCACCUCCGUUUGCAGGAGACUUGAAAAGGAGUUAUCUGGCGGUAGAACACACUUUGUAGAGAGUUGCGGUUUACCUAUUAGCACCUAUUUCAGUGCUUUGAAACUUCUAUGGUUGAUGGAAAAUGUGGAUGCUGUCAAGGAAGCUAUAAAGAAAAAGGAUGCCAUGUUCGGAACCAUAGACACUUGGUUGAUAUGGAAUUUGACCGGUGGAGUGAAAGGAGGGCUACACGUUACGGAUGUUUCAAAUGCAUCCCGAACAAUGCUGAUGAACCUAAAAACCCUCAACUGGGAUGAAUCCACUUUGAAAACACUUGAAAUCCCUCCUGAAAUUUUGCCUAAAAUUAUUAGUAAUUCAGAAGCUAUAGGCAAUGUUACUACUGGAUGGCCAAUUGCCGGUAUCCCUAUCGCUGGAUGCUUAGGCGAUCAACAUGCGGCAAUGCUUGGGCAAGCAUGCCGUAAAGGUGAGGCUAAAAGUACUUACGGAACAGGUGCGUUCAUUCUAUUGAAUACCGGCGAAGAAGUAAUUCAAUCAAAGCAUGGUCUACUAUCAACUAUUGCUUUUAAGCUUGGUCCUAAUGCUCGAGCCAAUUAUGCACUGGAAGGAUCCGUUGCUAUUGCUGGAGCUGCAGUGCAAUGGAUUAGAGACAGUCUUAAUCUCAUUUCAAAUGCUAAUGAAAUAGAGGAUAUGGCAUUAGGAGUUCAAUCCAACGGCGGUGUUUACUUUGUUCCUGCUUUCAAUGGAUUGUAUGCUCCAUGGUGGCGUGAGGAUGCUCGCGGUGUUUUAGUUGGAAUUACAAGGUAUACAAGUAAGGGUCACAUUGCUCGAGCCGUGCUUGAGAGCAUGUGUUUUCAAGUGAAAGAUGUCAUUGAUGCAAUGCGCAAAGAUUCUGAUUUCAAUGACUCCAAGAAAGAAGAGUUUUUGCUUAGAGUGGAUGGUGGUGCAACUGUUAACAACUUGAUGUUGCAGACUCAGGCGGAUUUGUUGGCAACUUCGGUAAUCAGACCGUCUGACAUUGAAACAACCGCACUUGGAGCAGCAUAUGCAGCUGGAUUAGCAGUUGGUGUUUGGAAAGAAGAAUCCUUUUUCGACACGAAGGAAAGGUUGAAGAAUGCAAACAUUUUCCGUCCUCAAAUGACGGAAGAAAUAAGGAAAAGGAAAGCAGAUUCUUGGUUAAAAGCUGUCAAUAAAUCUUUUGACUUAGCUGAUCUUUCUCUUUGA